CGUCGGCGCUGGUGCGGGGAACGAGCCUAACAUCUGAACGCCGGGGUCCUCCUAAGUCUAUCGGAAUGGUUCAUGUCCGAUCCUAGUAUAAGAAGGGCGAACCAUCCAUAUAAGAGGUGACUCCGGGACAUCCAAUUCUCAAGGCCCUAAAAUGCGUCUCUCUUUCAUCGGAUAUCUGCUUGGCACCCUCUCAUUACGUGCAGCUGCUUGGCAGUCUCUCGAAACCUACAUUAAUGCUGUUAAUCGGUUUGGAGCAGAUUUCGUUAAUCCUGCCCCAAUCGUGGAGCAGGGAAUAGCCUCAACUCUGGCGGACAACGUCGUGGGGAGAAUUGAUAUCACCACUAACUUUGUUGGUCAAGAGUUGAACAUCGAAUACCUUUAUGGCCUCUUCCUGGAAGGCGCAUCAGCCAAUACCACACAGCUCAUCGGCACUCCCGUCACGACAGCUCCACAAGCUCUCGUCGUCGAACAGCCCGUCGUAUUCGUCAGCUUCAUCACCGACCUCCUCUUCUCGACGGUGAACCUCACGCUGCCUCUACAAAUCGACGUAAUCCUCAGAUUCGACGACGAGACCAUGAAAGUGACCUCUUACGACGCGACUCUGAGGCGCUGGUCAGAGUUCUGGGACUAUUACAUUCCUUUGCUGGUUCCCAAAGCGGCCGAAGAGUUGAUGGCUGCCAAUACGACAGGCGUGGAUUAUGGUAACUCUACGGAUGUUAUUGUGCAUCGUGCUGCGGUAGAUAUAUGCACAGUAGCCCAGACGUACUGUUUAGGUGAAAACCAGCAGUAUGAAUCCUAUGACCAGUGCAUACAAUUCUUGACGGAAGAGGUGCCAUUUGGUGCAUCCUGGUCCGGAGGCGAGAACACCGGCUUCUGUCGUUAUGUUCAUAAGAACAUGGUUAAAUACCGCCCGGACAUUCAUUGCCCUCAUGUCGGACCUACUGGUGGAGAUUAUUGCAUUCCGAGGAACUACACUGACAUAGUCCUCAACCCGCCCUUUAAUGAAUCUCUUAUCGCGUACAUGGCCUCGUAGUGAUUCCCGGAAAUUCAGAAAGUUUAA